AGGGGCGUUGCUGAGGGCGGCUGGGGGCGAGAGUGAGGCUGCCGAGCAGGCGAGAGGUGACGGCGCGAGCUAGAGAGGGCGCAGCGUGAGGGUGGCCGCGCGAGGGGACCGGCGGCCCGGGCCAGGGCCCGGGGCGCGCGAGACGGCGGAGGCGGCCCAGGGCCUUGCUGCCGCCAUGACAGAGGAGUCAGAGGAGACGGUCCUGUACAUUGAGCACCGCUAUGUCUGCUCUGAGUGCAACCAGCUCUACGGAUCCCUGGAGGAGGUGCUCAUGCACCAGAACUCCCAUGUGCCCCAGCAGCACUUUGAGCUGGUGGGCGUGGCUGACCCUGGAGUCACUGUGGCCACAGAGGCAGUUUCGGGCACAGGCCUCUAUCAGACCCUCGUUCAGGAGAGUCAGUACCAGUGCCUGGAGUGCGGACAGCUCCUGAUGUCACCCAGCCAGCUCCUGGAGCACCAGGAGCUGCACCUGAAGAUGAUGGUGCCUCAGGAGGCAGUGCCGGCCGAGCCGCCUCCCAAGCUGCCUGCCCUGAGCUCCAGCACCAUCCACUAUGAGUGUGUGGACUGCAAGGCUCUCUUCGCCAGCCAGGAGCUCUGGCUGAGCCACCGGCAGACACACCUCCGGGCCACACCCACCAAGCCUCCGUCCCCAGUUGUCUUAGGGCCCCCUGUGGGCCAGGCCCGUGUGGCUGUGGAGCACUCCUACCGCAAGGCAGAAGAGGGUGGGGAAGGGGCAGCUGUUCCCUCUGCUGCUGCCACCACCACUGAGGUGGUGACCGAGGUGGAGCUGCUCCUCUACAAAUGCUCUGAGUGCUCCCAGCUCUUCCAGCUACCAGCCGACUUCCUGGAGCACCAGGCUACACACUUUCCCGCCCCCGCCCCAGAGUCUGAGGAGCCUGCCUUACAGCAAGAGACCCUGGCCCCGUCACCUGCAGAGGUGCCUGCGUCUCAGCCGGAUCCCCUGCCGGCCUCUGACCACAGUUACGAGCUGCGCAACGGUGAAGCCAUUGGGCAUGAUCGCCGGGGGCGCAGGACCCGAAGGAGCAACAGUGGAGAGCCAAGCGGGGCAGCCACCCAGGAGCUCUUUUGCUCAGUCUGUGACCAGCUCUUUCUCUCCCCCCACCAACUGCAGCAGCACCUGCGGAGUCACCGGGAGGGGGUCUUUAAGUGCCCCCUGUGCAGCCGUGUCUUCCCCAGCCCUUCCAGUCUGGACCAGCACCUUGGAGACCACAGCAGCGAGUCCCACUUCCUGUGUGUGGACUGUGGCCUGGCCUUCGGCACAGAGGCCCUCCUCCUUGCCCACCGGCGAGCCCACACCCCAAACCCAUUGCAUUCGUGUCCGUGUGGAAAGACCUUUGUCAAUCUCACCAAGUUCCUUUAUCACCGGCGUACCCAUGGGGCAGGAGGUGUCCCUUUGCCCACGACACCGGUCCCACCAGAGGAGCCUGUCAUUGGUUUCCCUGAGCCAGCCCCAGCAGAGACUGGAGAGCCAGAGGCCCCAGAACCCCCCGUGUCUGAGGAGAGCUCAGCAGGUCCUGCCAUCCCGGGCACCUACCGCUGCCUCCUGUGUAGCCGCGAGUUUGGCAAGGCACUGCAGCUGACCCGGCACCAGCGUUUCGUGCACCGCCUGGAGCGGCGCCACAAGUGCGGCAUUUGUGGGAAGAUGUUCAAGAAGAAGUCUCACGUGCGAAACCACCUACGCACACACACGGGCGAGCGGCCCUUCUCCUGCCCGGACUGCUCCAAGCCCUUCAACUCGCCUGCCAACCUGGCCCGCCACCGGCUCACCCACACCGGGGAGCGGCCCUACCAUUGUGGGGACUGUGGCAAGGCCUUCACGCAAAGCUCCACACUAAGGCAGCACCGCCUGGUGCACGCCCAGCACUUCCCCUACCGCUGCCAGGAAUGUGGGGUGCGCUUUCACCGCCCCUACCGCCUGCUCAUGCACCGCUACCACCACACGGGCGAGUACCCCUACAAGUGUCGUGAGUGCCCCCGCUCCUUCUUGCUGCGCCGGCUGCUGGAGGUGCACCAGCUGGUGGCCCAUGCUGGGCGCCAGCCCUACCGCUGCUCAUCCUGUGGGGCUGCCUUCCCCUCCUCACUGCGGCUCCGGGAGCACCGCUGUGCAGCUGCUGCUGCCCAGGCCCCACGGCGCUUCGAGUGUGGCACCUGUGGCAAGAAGGUGGGCUCGGCGGCUCGGCUGCAGGCACAUGAGGCGGCCCACGCGGCAGCCGGGCCUGGAGAGGUCCUAGCUAAGGAGCCCCCGGCCCCUCGGGCCCCACGGGCCACUCGCACACCAGUCACCUCCCCAGCAGCUCUCGGAGGCGCUGCCACCGCAGCCCCUUCGGCCCCUGCCCGACGCCGGGGUCUGGAGUGCAGCGAGUGUAAGAAGCUGUUCAGCACAGAGACGUCGCUGCAGGUGCACCGACGCAUCCACACAGGCGAGCGGCCGUACCCGUGUCCAGACUGUGGCAAGGCCUUCCGUCAGAGCACCCAUCUGAAGGACCACCGGCGCCUGCACACAGGCGAGCGGCCCUUUGCCUGCGAGGUGUGUGGCAAAGCCUUUGCCAUUUCUAUGCGCCUGGCAGAACACCGCCGUAUCCACACGGGCGAGCGGCCCUACUCCUGUCCCGACUGCGGCAAGAGCUACCGCUCCUUCUCCAACCUCUGGAAGCACCGCAAAACCCACCAGCAGCAGCAUCAGGCAGCCGUGCGGCAGCAGCUGGCGGAGGCUGAGGCCGCCGUGGGCCUGGCCGUAAUGGAGACUGCAGUGGAGGCACUGCCCCUGGUGGAGGCCAUUGAAAUCUACCCGCUGGCAGAGGCCGAGGGUGUCCAGAUCAGUGGCUGACGCGGACUCUUUUUCCCUCUUCAGCACCACUGUGCCCUGUUGCUGAAGAUCCUUCUCCAGUGCCCCUUUAAAUGUCUGUACAUAGUGUGCCCGGUCCCUGUCCUGUCUCACCCACCAUGUAGUAAGUUCUGUAACUGGAUCUAUUCUCUCGGGGAUGCUCUGGGGUCCUUGACAUGCAUAAAGGUGCCCCUGCUCCCCACCUUCCACCUGUUAGCGCUGGUGGCCCCAGGUUGAAACAGUCAAUAAAGAAUUAGUUG